AUCAGUUGCUGUCAAGAUCAUCAGACGACGGUUCAAGACUCUCGCAUUUCUUAAACUACCUUUUCUCGCCAUGUCAGGACUAGGUAGUCCCCGUGAUGUGGAAACCACUAUCAAUUAUUACCGAGAUCCUGGCGAUGGAAGCGAGCAUGCACCUAGCAUUGCAGGCAAACGAAGCACAUUCACCCAGCCAUCAGUCGAAUUUGAAACGCUUGUUCACGAUAUCACCGGGAACGAACGCAGUUUUACCCUCGAUAGCCACGGAUUCCAGCUGUGUCGCCACACUAGCCAGUUGGUGGACUUUACGAGUGAUCGACAGAUAAAAGAGGUGUACUAUCCCGAGAUCGAAACGCUUUUAUCGCAAAUCACCGGUGCCUCCCGAUUACACAUUUUUGACCACACUAUUCGGAGACCGAACCCCUCGGCCGCACACUCUGACGAAGAACGCCGACCAGUGAAAAGAGCCCACAUUGACCAGUCAGAGUGGGGUGCGAUUAAUCAAGUCAAACGUCACCUAGGGGAAGAAGCCUCUCGACUACUGCAAUCGAGAUUCCAGGUCAUCAAUGUUUGGCGUCCAAUCAAGACGAUCUACAAAGAUCCUCUGGCGGUUUGCGACUCUCAUUCGGUGUUAGAAACCGACAUCUUGCCUGUCAAGCUCAUUUAUCCGGACUGGGUGGGUGAGCCGUGUACAAUUCUUCCUAACGGCGGUCAUCGUUGGUACUACAAAAGCUUUCAAACACCUGAAGAGGUGAUGCUUAUCAAGUGUCAUGACUGGAAGGCGGAUGGGCGCGCCAGGAGGGUUCCACACGCUGCGUUUACAGACGCCGAGAUGAUUGACAGAGAGCCAAGACAAAGUAUUGAAGUAAGAGUCCUUGUUUUUCACGAGGAUGACAUGGAUAAGACUUGACCAAUUAUAUACAGCCAUCAUUUUUUCACCUUUGAGCUUCCAUUUUGUUGCUCUCAAGCUUCAAAUCCCCACGCGGCCGAACAGUCCUGUCAAGGCUUUCAUCGUUAAACUGCUAGGAUACGGAGGACUAUCAAGUUGGACUUUUUCGUCUGCAUACGCCCAAAAAUCGAAAGGCUCCAUACAACAAUGUGCAGGCCAGGCAAUUUCUUCGGUGGACAUAGCAUCUGGUUUCUUCAGGCCAACGCAAUUCAGUCGUCGCACUUAGUGUUUAGGUCUAUGCUCAGUAAUC